AUGGUUGCUAGCCUGACUUUGACAACGUCUAACCAUGUGAGUAUGGCGGAGCAUUGGUGGACGACUUCGGAGGAGCUGCAGGCAAUUUCGCGCUGUUACCGUCAAGUAAGGGCGAAAACUGUACAUGUUUCGCGCAUUCGGUCAAGCAACUCGGCCAUGGAGUCUACGUAUAAUCCACUGGUGCGGCCAAGGCUAAGGUAA